CACUGCACUGCAUGGAUCAUAUUCACCAUAUAAAACCUCAUCCAAUCUCAUCAAUAAUCCAACAAUGACGAGAUCAGCAGUGGAACUUGAUUUCUUUAGCAUGGAGAAAGAGUCUACUCAUCAUGCUAAACUUGAAAGUGGAAUAGCCUUUGGAGAUAUUCAAAGUGUGAUUCCAAAGACUGAUCCUGAAGUUUUGAACCCUCAAUUGCCCCUUUUUAGUCCUAUUUCGAGGCUUUGUUGUAGCACGGAAAAUGCACCUCUGACCAUUUUCUACGACGCAACGGUUGCGUUUUUCGAUGUCUCCAGUGACGAGGCGGAAGGUAUUCUAAGGUUUGCAGAAAGGUCAAAAAUUAUGGAUGCGUUUUCUCCAAGAAAACAAUUGUUUGUGGAAACAUUUAGUGGAGAUCUACCAUUGGCUAGGAGAAACUCCUUACUUAGAUUCUUGGAGCAGCGAAAAAAGAGGCUGACUAUGGUGUCACCUUAUGGUUUCCCAGUGCCCCCUAUUUAUGGCUCCUUAGGCCAUACUGCCUCCGGAAACAAGAAUUAGCAGAAGAUAUGAUCAUACAAUAAUAUAAUAUUGCUGAUCAUAUAGAUGGAUCUUAAUGUAAAUGUUAAUUUUGGGGAUUUGUCAGUACUACUCUUAUAUGUUACUAAGAUGUUAAUUUUCCCAGUCAAAUAUGGAAUAUAACUAGCAGGAUAGUCGGACACAUAAGUGCACAUUUUUAAUACAUAGGAACCCCUCGGAGGGGCGAAUCUAGACUUUGACCUAUGAGUUCACGUGUACCUUCUAGUCUUUGUUCAAACUUUGUAUUUGUGUCGGAAAAUUUACUAAAUAAGUAUAAAUAUUAAAU